AUGGGCUGUCUCCACAUCCCCUCCUCGUUCCGCAAAUACAAACCCAAGCCCAUGUCCCGCAAUCCGUAUCCAAAACCCACCGCUUCUCCCCCAAAGGCCACCAAGGCCACCUCCAGCCCUCCCACGAAAUCAAAGUCCUCGGGCGGCACGUCCGGAACAAACACGGCACCCCAACCCGCGCCAGACACAACAACCCAAGCCGCCCUAAACACGUACACCUUCGACCUCCCCAGCGCGGACAAACCGCCCGUGUCGGGGACUUGCCAGCCAUCUUCUGACCCCGUCUUCGCCACGGUCCCCAACUUUUCCACCCCUUCCAAUGCGCAGCCGUCGUUCAGCUACUACAACUCCCACUCUUCUUCGCAUGGACACUCGUAUGGGCACGGGCAUACGACAACCAGCGGCGGGUACAAAUCAUCUCAUUCGUACUCCGGCGGCGGCGGCGAUAGUGGAGGGGGUGGGUCCUAUGGCGGGGGAGACAGCGGCGGCGGCGGUGGCGGCGGCGGUGACAGCGGCGGAGGGGGUGGUGGGUGCUAG